GUGGAAUUUUAAUUUCAUUGUUUGUCAACAAACGUUCAUGUAAUAAUUUUUUUAGUACAUUAAACAAAAACCUUAGUACAUAAAGCAAAAUCAUGACAUUGGAUGCUAGAACUGUGCUUAUUACGGGCGCUUCUAGUGGACUAGGACUAGAAUAUGUGAGGCAAUUAGUUUCUUUGGAUAAAGCACCUGAAAUAGUGAUAGCAACGUGCCGUUGUCCGGAGACAGCGGUUGAGCUACAAUCACUUGCCAAGUUUAAUCCCAACGUGAAAAUAUUAAAAUUAAAUGUCGAAGACGAUGAAGACUUAGAAGUCGCAUUUCAGGUGAGCGUUUAUUAA